UUUCGAAUCGUUAUCUUAUGACAUUUGCAAAUUCAAGCGACGAAAAAGUAUUCCGGAAAACACUCCGGUUUUCUUCUUAAAUAUUUUCUUAUUAAAUCUGUGAAAAUGUCUUCUUUGCGACUUGUACUCGCUUCCAGAGUGGCCAGACAAAUCUUCUCCACAUCUAGGAUCCACAGCAGAUCUUCGAAAUUCCUCCAAUUCAGCCGAAGCAGAUAUCCCAUCGGGACGCGCUGUAUGAGUACAGCAAGUGCCGAGGAGAAUUACCAUUCAAUAAUCAAGGAUAGCGAAAAAGCAACUGGGAAUGUCAAUAAGCAUGAAUUUCAAGCUGAAACACGCAUGCUGCUGGACAUUGUAGCGAGAUCACUGUAUUCCGAAAAGGAAGUCUUCCUGCGUGAGUUGAUUUCCAAUGCCAGCGAUGCCCUGGAGAAGUUUAGGUACACCAUACACACAGCUGGAGAUCGGGAAAAGGAUUAUGUGGAAUCGGAUAGAGCGCUAGAGAUUCACAUUGGCACGGAUAAGCAAGCGAGAACGUUGACGAUUCAGGAUACGGGAAUUGGAAUGACGCAGGAAGAGCUAAUCUCCAAUCUGGGAACAAUUGCGCGAUCUGGAUCAAAGAGAUUCCUUGAGGAGAUCAAACAGAAGGGACAGAAUGCGGAGAAUUCAUCAAACAUCAUCGGGCAGUUCGGUGUGGGCUUUUAUUCUGCCUUCAUGGUAGCCGAUCGUGUGGAGGUCUUUACACGUUCAUCCCUUGCAAACUCAGUUGGACUUUGCUGGACUUCAGAUGGUUCGGGUUCCUUUGAUAUUCAGGAAGCUGAGGGUGUGGCCGUGGGAACAAAGAUUGUACUUCACCUUAAGCCAGACAGUCGUGAAUAUUCCGAUGAAGAUCGCAUCCGGGAGGUGAUUAAGAAGUACAGCAACUUUGUGGGCAGUUCAAUUUUCCUGAAUGGCCGCAAGGCAAACAAUAUUGAGCCAGUGUGGCUUCUGGACCCGAAAGACGUGAAGCGGGAGCAGCACAAUGACUUCUAUCGUUUUGUAGGAAACACUUUCGACACUCCACGAUUCAUCCUGCACUACAAGACAGACGUGCCAUUGAGCAUCCGGGCACUUUUGUACUUCCCCGAAGGCAAACCCGGGCUAUUUGAUCUCUCCCGCGAUGGAGACAUCGGUGUGGCGCUGUACACACGGAAGAUUCUCAUUCAAUCCAAAACGGAUAAUCUCCUACCGAAGUGGCUGCGUUUUGUGAAGGGUGUUGUGGAUUCGGAAGACAUCCCGCUCAAUCUGAGUCGAGAAUUGCUUCAAAAUAGCGCUCUUAUUCGCAAACUUCGCAAUGUCCUGACCAACAGGGUGCUGAGAUUCCUGCAGGAGCGAGCACAGAAGGAACCAGAGGAAUUUGCAAAGUUCUACCAGGAUUACGGGUUAUUCCUCAAGGAGGGCAUUGUGACGAGUGAAGAGCACAAGGAUAAGGAAGAAAUUGCUCGGCUACUUCGUUUUGAUUCGUCAAAAUGCACGGAAAAGGAUCAGAAAAUCUCCCUGCCUGAGUAUGUGUCCCGAAAAGGGGAGCAGCAACGAGAUAUCUAUUAUUUGGCAGCUCCAAAUCGCACCCUUGCUGAAUCCUCACCCUACUACGAGGGUCUCAAGAAGCGUCAGGUGGAGGUACUCUUCUGCUAUGAACCCUACGAUGAGCUGGUCCUGAUGCAGUUGGGUAUGUUUAUGGGAUGCAAUGUGGUGUCUGUGGAGAAGGAGAUGCGUCUUGACAAAGCAGCCACGGAGCCAACAGACCUUGGUGAGGGGAGUUUGCUACGAACGCAGGUGGAUGAGCUAAUCUCGUGGAUUCGGGAGAAGUUGGCCGGUAAGGUGGCCAAUGUGAAGAUCACCACACGCCUCGAUGCCCAUCCGUGUGUUGUCACAGUGGAGGAAAUGGCAGCUGCACGACACUUUAUCCGCACACAGAGUCACCAACUCAGUGAGGAGAAUCGUUUUGCCCUCCUGCAGCCACAGCUGGAGAUCAAUCCACGACACGACAUCAUCAAGAAGCUCCACAAACUCCGAGAAUCCAAUCCGGAUUUGGCGCAACUUCUCAUUGAGCAGCUCUUUGCCAAUGCCAUGGUCGGUGCGGGACUUUCAGAGGAUCCACGGCUGCUUCUUGUGAAGAUGAAUGACCUUCUAGCCAAGGCGCUGGAGAAACAUUGAGGAAACAGCUUAUAGGGCCUUUUAGCUUCAAAGGUAGGACAUGCAUUUCCAUUUGUGAAAUAUAUUUUUUUGUUAGUGAAAAA